GAUGUUGCCUUGAAGUCUCCUCUCCUGGCCACACUCCAGUGCAGUUAGCACUGAAAACCCCCAGCACUCUCCCCUCCCGCUUUCAAAACAUCUUCACACUCGCCGGACGGCUGCAAAACCAGCCAGGAGGAGGGAGGAAUGGAGAGCCAUUCAAAUGCAGGGACAAGACAGAACUGUUCUCGUGUAAGCGGACGUUGAGGGAAACCCCUCUCUCCCGGAUGGAUUUGCUUCCUUGAUGGUGGUGAAACUGACGGAGUUGGUGAAUGAACACUCGCUGGAUGAAUCCCAUCUUUGUAGUGGGCUGCAGGAGCCGCUGAUGACUGUUGCUGUUGGGAACUCGCUGCUGCUGUCUGCAGCGGCUGGAACUUACGACCGAAGUUCAUGAGUUCACCCAGCCUCAGCGACCUGGCCAAGAGCGAGCAAGCAGCGUUAGACGAGCGGGGGACCCAGCAGCGACGCGCCGGCUCCAACGCCACCUGGAACAGCAUACAGAAUGCUGUAAUCGCGGUCUUCCAGCGGAAGGGUUUACCUGAUAAUGAGCUCUAUAGUCUUAAUGAAGGAGUCAGACAGUUAUUGAAAACAGAACUUGGAUCAUUUUUCACUGAGUACCUUCAGAAUCAGCUGCUUACUAAAGGCAUGGUGAUUUUGAGGGACAAAAUUCGGUUUUACGAAGGACAGAAAUUGCUUGAUACAGUGGCUGAAAUUUGGGACUUUUUCUUUUGUGACAUCCUUCCUAUGCUCCAGGCAAUAUUUUUUCCUGUCCAGGGAAAGGAACCCACCGUUCGACAGAUAGCCCUGCUGCAUUUCAGGAAUGUUAUCACGCUGAACGUAAAGCUAGAAGAUGCUCUGUCCCGGCCACGUGCAAGGGUCCCUCCUUCACUCAUUCAGAUGCUGCUUAUAUUGCAGGGAGUUCACGAAUCUAAGGGUGUGACAGGGGAUUACCUUCGGCUCGAGUUGCUGAUACAGAAGGUGGUUUCUCCAUACCUGGGAACGUACGGAGUGCACACGGUGGAUGAACAAGCUACACACUCAGCGUGCUUUCUGGCAGAGAAACGAUUGCUUCCCCGCUGUUCCAAGUCAAAUGAAAUUCUGACCAAGAACCCAGUGGUGCGCUCCAAGAGCUACAACAAUCCGAUGUUAACCCCAGUCGCAGAAUACGAAAGCGAAGGAAGCCUGGUCAAUGGCACAAGCAUCAGAAGGCACUCCGUAUCAGAGAUGACAACUUGCAUUGAGUCUGAAGCCUAUUUAAAUCUCAGUUCCUGCGUCACAACCCCCAUUGCAGACCCAAUGUCCGUCAAGACUGCCACCGCAGCACAGAAUCACUUGCCCGGAGAGCAAGAGCGAGCGAGCAUACGAACCAUUAAUGAACUUCUCCAGUGCAAAACGAUGAGUGAGCCCAUCAUCAGCCAGCAACAGGAUUGUUUCCUCGUUCAGGCCCCGAGAGGUGACCAAGACAAUGCCUUUAAGUUAUUGAGUAGCCCUUCCAUGACACCUGCGGCAUCAUCCAGUCCUGAAAGCACAGGAGACAAUACUUUGGAAUCAGUGGGUACAGACUCAGAGGGGAUUUUUCUCGACUUCGGUCAUAGAUGUUCCGAGACGCCAACAUACAACAGAGAGUUGAGCAGACAAAGUGUGGUGUGACAUUAAGAACAGCAAAACCAGUAAUGCAGUGACGCAAUAAAGGAAAGCCCCCACAACCACAGCCAAGCUGUCACUGUUGCACUGCCAGUUAUUAGAUGUUGAAGUGUUUUUAAAUUUGUCAAACUAAAGGAGAAGAUUUCUGAUACACAAGUUGAAUUCAACAUAUGAACCAUUGUUAAAACCAGCAACACCUACUGUCUACUAUAAUACAGUAGCGCCUCGACUUGCGAACUUUAUCCGUUCCAGGACCCGGUUCGUGAACUGAAUCAAUUUUUCCCAUUGUUCGGAUAGUGUAAGAAUGCUUGGACGGCUGUUCGCAGCGCACGCGCCAAAGACGAACUGAAUGAGAUCACGCAGGGCCCGAGAGCUUUUGCGUUCAACAAGCGCGUAGCAAAGCAGAACAAUGAAACCACGUGGUCGCACACAGCCUUUUUGUAUUCGUACCUUCAUUCAUACCUUGAAUUUCGUACGUACGUUGAAGCAAAAGUUUAAAUAUAAUCCUGUUCGUAAACCGAUUUGUUCGUGAACGGGGUCGUUCGUAAGUCGAGGCGCUACUGUAUAUGUAAAACCCAGCCAAAACCAACAGAAAGAGACAAAUUCCUGGUUUCGCUAUUUCUCCCAUCUAACACUCCAUUAAUCUGUAGCUUUGCAGAGCUAAAGACUACAGCCCUAUUUUUGCAGUGCACAGAUUCAAAUCAUAUUAGAUUGUUCUCAGUUAUUGCUUUUUCUGGCUCUGUGUUUUUGCUGCAAUUUCCGUUUUUGACAGAUUUACAGGGAAACAGCAGCGGACGUUAAGUGGCGGAAUAUUUUAAUUUCUUUUGUUCUUUCUUGCCAUGUGAGCGAUGCUGAUCAGGCCAGCAUUUAUUGCCCAUCCCUGAUUGUCCCUGAGCUGUGUAGUUUAUUUGACCAUUUCAAAGGGCAGUUAAGAAUGACCCACACAUAAUGAAGUCUUCAUUAUAAAACAGGAUUCACAGUUCACUUUGUAUUUCAAAACUAAUUGGUGUUUCCCAAUUGAAACACUUUGUGACCAAAUGCUUUCACAAGUCACCUUCCUUUACCCAUUGAAAAUUACACAAGAUCUCCUCAUGUACUUCAGAUUCCUCAUAGUUUGCAAUGAUUUGCACACUGGACUUAUAAUUUGUAGAUUUUUUUAAUGCGUGUGAUUUGUAGAGUAAUUUUAAGUUUCAUCUUUAAACAGGCAUUUCAUCUGGAUAAGUCUAUUGUGUUAAUCGUGAAUAUUGAGAAAAGAAAAGCCUGUUGACUCUCUGAUUUAAAAUAACUGAACAGUAUCUAAAGAAACCUUCCAUUGGGAGAUAUCAGAGCUGUUAACCUUUUGAGAAUUUGACCAGUGCUGCCUGGGCUCAGUAUCGUGAUUUGCAUUCCCUGAUACAUGAAUGGGACCAAUAGAUCUGUGAGAGCAACAUAAAAGGGAGUUUUAUUCAAAUUGAAUGUUUCAGAGAGAGCCAUACAUUUAGUAACAAAAGUGUUUGAAAGUUGUUGGCAAGAGCACUGAUGUUUCCAUUUACAAGAAGUCAGGUUCUCCUGUUGACACUGCUUGAUGGUUUGCUGUGCUCUUCUCAUUCUGAUGCUGCAGUUUAAAGUGCAGAAGAUUCCCUGUUUAAGUGCUGUUGGAUUUUACAUGGGAUACCUCUGAUAGAAAGCACUUUAUAAAUUGAAUGUAACUGAAGAGUAGGGGCUGAGAAAAACUGGAUUUAAAAAAAUCCCCACGCGGAGUUUCUCCAGGACAAGCAACGAGAAAUGCUUCAGUCCAUUUUUACCCUGCUCAACCAUUCCUAAAAUCAAAGACUAAUCUAUCAAUCAUUACUGGAUAGUUUAUCCAUCCAAUACACAAAGCAAUAAAGGAGACCUAAACACAAUCAAGUAUAAAGUCUGGUGGGCCAACCAGUAAGCAGUUACUGAAGCAAGAGUUAAGUUCAUUAGCUCAGUGGUGGUGGGGAGCAGAGCUCUUUACCAACUCAUCCUUGGAGAUGGUGCAUUCAGAAUGUCUUUCUUGUCUCAUCACCAAUUGUUUGUUAAGAUUAUAAGUAGGAAUGUCUAGAACAGUGUAUUCAUGUUUUAACCAUUUUAUCCCCUGUCCACCUCCCACUAUGCUGUACUGCCUGAAAAUGUUGACCGUUUUCUGAGUACAAAGCAGCCUCUGGCAUUUAACCUGUUUUGGCCAAUUUCAGGUAUUAUCAUCAAUCACGGCACACACUCACUGGGUAUCAAUGGUAGUCAGGAACAGGAACUAAUGAGUAUCAGACCCAGUUGGACACCAUUACACCCGUCAAGAUCAUUUAAUACAACUGAGACUGAUCAAACCCUGGAACCCUCCUGGUUUGUCAGGGUGCCAUCUGUAGGGUGGUUGAUGAAGUCUUGAUGUCAUUGUUGACCCUACAGUGGUUAGUUAGAUUUUGACCAGACUUUAUUCUAGCCAGUCACCAUUUUAUUUUACUUCAUUGAAGUGCAUGUCCUACCACACGUACUGUUCCGUAGAAAUAAGUUGCAGCAAAUAAGCUCAGUACAAGUUAGCAGGUACUUUGUUAAUGAAAAUAUUUGUUUGAAGGAGUCCUUUGCUUAUUUUCAUUACAUUCUGCAAUAGUUGUUAAUAGGCCUAUUCAAUAGAGGCUAUUUGUGUAUUUUCUACGAAUGUGCAGCCUUAUGGGGCUUAUGGUAUUUGCAAUUGUAAACUGUUCAAUGGAUUUAAUAUCACAAGAGCCAUGGAUAUUAAUGAACAGUAGAUCCUUCUUAAGUCUUCACUUAAGAACAUCUGAUUGAUCAAUACAUUCUUAAGACAACUGACUUCAUAUGAAGUUAAAAAUCUCACAACACCAGGUUAUAGUCCAACAGGUUUAAUUGGAAGCACACUAGCUUUCGGAGCGACGCUCCUUCAUCAGGUGACAGUGGAGGGCUCAAUCGUAACACAGAAUCUAUAGUGAAAAUUUGCAGUGUGAUGUAACUAAAAUUAUACAUUGAAAAAUUGAUUGUCUGUUAAGCCUUUCAUCUGUUAGAAUACAGUGAUAGUUUCACUUCUUUCAUGUGUAAAUCAUAAAACCUUUUUUUUAAAGUUGCAUUCUCGGGUUAGCUGUUAACAAUGGUGAUAGCUAGACAACAUGUUGAAGGUGUUAGCCCCCUGUGUUCUCUGUCUAUGACCUGGUGUUUAGAUUGAUUCUAAUCUAAAAAGUGAGAUAGCAGAGUUUUACAUAAAUUCAUGCAGUUUUUGAGCUCAGAGUUCUACGUGAAUGUAUGCAGUUUUUGAACAAAGUGCACUGUAACUCUGCAAGUACAAAUUCACCCCACAAAAUAUAUGUGUGCAUGUGGAUCUUUGUCUGUCUAGUGAGCUUCCAAUUAAACCUGUUGGACUAUAACCUGGUGUUGUGUGAUUUUUAACUUGUACACCCCAGUCCAACACCGGCAUCUCCAAAUCAUGACUUCAUAUGAGAUUGCUAUAUAUCCUUGCCUGUAUUAUAGAUGUUGUUUUAUCAUGUAACACAGCAAGUUUAUUGCUUCAGCCCGUAAAAGUCAGCAGACUUAUUUUUAUUUAAGAGAGCUUGCACUAACAAGAGUAAAGAUAUCCUCUUUUAA